CAGCCCCCUGGUGUCCGAGCGGUUUAUUGAACAGAACACAUCGAGCGGCUCCGUUUGAGCUUCACGACUCAAUCGAGAUUAUUUACCCUUUAACUAUUUCCGAUUUUGAGAGUAACAACAUGCUUUUUUGACCGAAGGUGACAAAUCCAUCUAAGAAAAGAAAUGGCUUGGUUCCACCAGGCUUUACAAGGCUCGGGCCAACCAGAUGCAUCCAUGAUGCCCCCUACCGCCGUGGAAGAUCUGCCCCAUACACAGGUCUCUAAGCACACCAUCACACAGUUAGGAAUGUCCGAUGGACAAGGUUGGUCCACCCAUCCUCCAGUAUCCAUCACAGACUUUCCCCCUGCCUCAGGAGGAAUCGUCCCCCAACGUCUGGAAGCUCUGUCCUGCACGUCCCUCAACAUGGGCUCCAGAGAAAACUCCCUGCCGCUGUCUUUUGUGACGCUUCAGGAGCAACGAUGUGUACUUGGUUGGUAUUUUGGAUGGAACGCUGCUCAGAAGCAACGCUUUUUGGAAGAUCUGAUCUCAAAGGCAGUGCCUGGAAAGGUGUCUAGUUUAUUGGACCAGCUCAACACACUACAGGUGAAUGAUCGCCCACCCAACAUUUUUGAAUGCCAGUUAAGACUGUGGACUCAGUGGUUUGAUUCAUGGAGUGAAGAGGAGAGAAAUGCUUUUUUGAACAGCUUGGAGGAAAAGGACCCAACCUUUGUUGCAUACUUCUAUAGCCGGGUUGCUGGAACAGCAGGCAGAGAUUGAGAUUUGCUGCUCCAGACAUUCAAGUUCAAAAUUAACAUUUUGUCAUUUACUCACUGUUAUGUUGUUCAAAUCCUGUAUGCAUUUAUUUCUUUUAUGGAACACAUAAGAUAUUCUGAAGAAUGUAAGUAACCAAACAGUUUUGGUUACCAUUGACUUCCAUUGUAUGGACAAAAAAAAAAAAAAAAAGACAUUUUGCAAAAUAUCUUCUUUUAUAAAGAAAGAGACAGGUUUGGAUCAAUAUGAAAGUGACUUUUCCUUUUAAAUGUUAAAAGACACCAACAUAUAGGAUAAAUAUUGUUUUUCAAAUGUAAAUGUUUUAUUAAAAUGAAAGAUGCAAGACAUUCAAGAAUGCACUUGAGAGUCGUUACAAUCCGAAAUCUCAAAACAGCGGGUAUUUUCUUUGCAUACAUAAACAGACUCCUAAUAUACGGAGAUCAUUGCUUGAGCCAAUCUAUGGAUUUUACUUGCUUUAAGAUCAAGGGAGGGUCAUGAAUAUUAGAAUCACUGCAGGUCUCAAUAUAUGGGUAAAUUUUACCCUGCAGCUCAUUGCCAGUGAACUUAUAGAUUUCAUAUUUAUUUUCCGCAUCAUAAAAAGUAACUUCUUUAUUUUUAAAAUCCACCUGGACCCCAAUUACAGAAGGUGUUUUACGAACGUUUAUUUCAAUCGGCUUG